AUGGAGGCGCCAAUGAGCACACAAGAGCAGCAGCUCUGCGAGUUCCUGAUGGGUCUCGCAGCCAAGUAUUCAUGCCGUUACAACGAGCAGGCCGAGCGGGAUCUCCUGCAAAGCCUCUUCUGGUGCAUGGCCGGUGGAAAUGCGCAGUACAUGGACCGAUUCUUUCCCAUAACCGGUGGGCCACUACGGGGAGGUACGCUGAAGCUUCGGGAAGCACAAGGCGCGGUGAACGGGGCGGAAUACACAGAGGCCGCACGGGGUCACGCGUGUGGCCAUAUAUUUCGGCCUGGCGAGGCUACCUAUUCGUGCAAGACGUGCGGGACAGAUGAUACGUGUUGUCUCUGCAGCCGCUGCUUCGAAUCCACAGACCAUCGAGGCCAUAUGGUGCGCAUCAGCGUGUCGCCCGGUAACAGCGGCUGCUGCGACUGCGGCGACUCAGAGGCCUGGAGGACGCCAAUGUACUGCACCAUACACUCGGCCUGGCAGGACGGCUUCGGGGGCAAGAACAAGGGCAAAGCGCCGGUCGGGACGCCACGCGACCUGGAGGAAAGCAUCCGCAUGACCAUCAGCCGGGUUUUCGACUUUAUGUGCGACGUGGUGUCGUGUUCGCCCGAGCAGCUGCGCCAGACCAAGACGGUCCAGUCGAUCCAGCACGACGAGCGCAUGUCCCGGCUGUCGGCGACGUACGGUGGCGGUGACACUGGCCCCCCUGACGAAUACGCGGUGCUUCUCUGGAACGACGAGAAGCACACGGUCACGGACGUGGCACACCAGGUGGCGAGGGCAUGUCAGACGACCGCAGCGGACGGCCAGAAGCGGGCCCACGAGACGGACGAGAUUGGGCGAAGCCUACUGAAGCACUCGCAAAGCAUCGAGAGCCUGCUCCGGGUGUCACGGAUACUCGAGGACAUCAAGGUGACGGUGACGAUCCGGUCGUCCCGGGACACGUUCCGGGAGCAGAUGUGUGGGAGCAUAAUCGAGUGGCUGUCAGAUAUAACCGGCUGCAGUGUCGGCGACGACCACGGCAUCCUUCGGCGAGUGGUAUGCGAGGAGCUUCUGCGGCCGUGGCGCAAGGGCAGUCCGGCCAGCCAUGCGAUUGUGGGGCAAAACGGCAUAGACGACGAGGACACAUUGUCACAGGAUGGAGAAGCUGUGAACCCGGUGUUCGCCCAUGAAAUGCUGCUGCGGAAUAGGCGGGCUGCGCAGAUGGCGGCCAUGAUGCAGUUCCGGGCGACGCCACGACAGCAGCCACACGAGAACCGGACGGCCGUACGCAACAUCCGGGAACGCGAUGUGACGCCGUCGGAUUCGGACACGGCCGAGCCGCUGAUAGCAGCGAGCACGUAUGCCAAGAUCGGGCUCGACAUCCCCAAGACACCUGGCGGCGGGGUGACGGAGAAGGCACCGCCUCCCAAGCCGGGACACUACUGGCUCGGGGUGCCGGCGGCAUACAUGGAGUGUGAGGGGGUGCAGCCGGCCGAGGACCUCUUCCAGCGGGUGCGGCUCGACUGGCUGAUCCUGUUCGAUCUGCGGAUGUGGAAGAAGGUGCGCAACGACCUGCGGUCGCUCUACAUAUCGACGGUGGUGACGAUCCCGGAAUUCAAACGGGUGCUCGGGCUGCGCUUCGCCGGGCUGUACACGACGCUCGCACAGCUGUACCUCAUCGGCGACCGCGAACCGGACCACUCGAUCAUCAACAUCUCGCUGCAGAUGCUGACAACGCCGUCGAUCACGGCGGAGAUCGUGGAGCGCGGCAACUUCCUGACCAGCCUGAUGGCGAUCCUGUACACGUUCCUGACGACGCGGCAGGUGGGCCAUCCGUGGGACGUGUCGUCGAGCGCGGUGCUGGCAUUUGACUCGGGCUCGGUGACGAACCGGCGGAUGUACCACUUCUUCGUGGACCUUAAGUUCCUCUUCAGCUCGCCACACGUGCAGGAGCGUCUGCGGACGGAGGACCGGUACAUGAUGCAAUUCCUGGACCUGGUCAAGCUGCACCAGGGCAUUUGUCCGAACACGCGGGCGAUCGGCGAGCACGUGGAGUACGAGACGGACACGUGGAUCAGCGCGUCGCUGAUCACGCGCGAGAUCAACCGACUGUGCCGGCAGUUUUCGGAGGCGUUCCGCAACCUGCGCUCGGCAGACUACGUGCACCUACACCGGGCGAUUCGGGUUGCGACCAAGAGCGUGAUCAUCAACUCGAUCGGGGCAGAGCGGCUGCGAUUCUCGCAGGCGGAGAUCCGCGACGAGGUGGUGUUCAAGACGGUAACGGAUCUGGAGUUUGACGAGGUGGACGCGCGGUACGACGUGGUGGCAUUCGUGGUGGAGCGACAGCCGAUCAGCUUCCACCACGCGCUGCACUACACGCUCUCGUGGCUGAUCGAGUGCGGGCGGUCGAUGUCGGUGGAGACGCUGCGGGCGCUGCUCAGCUUCACGGCGGCCGAGCUGAAGGGCACGCCACGGUCGAUGGGCCGCAAGAUUAUGCCGCGGCGCGACUACGAGGCAGAAGACUACCUGAUGGCAGCGUUUGACUACUCGCUGCGGGUGUGCGCGUGGCUGGCGCAGAUGAAGGCGGGCAUGUGGGUGCGCAACGGGAUCAGCCUGCGGCACCAAGCGGGGACGUACCGGGGGGUGAGCCAGCGUGACGUGGCGCACCACCGAGACGUGUUCCUGCUGCAGACGGCGCUGGUGGUGUGCAACCCGAGCCGAGUGCUGGCGUCGGUGAUCGACCGGUUCGGGAUGGAGCGGUGGGUCAAGGGCAUCUUUGAGCAAAAGACGGAGGCACAGGACGACGGGCAGCACCUGGACGUGGUGGAGGACAUGGUGCACCUGCUGAUCGUGCUGGUGAGCGACCGGACGUCGCUGGUGGAGGCGGCAGACGGGGACGGAGAGACGGAGGCAGAGGCGGAGGCAGAGGCGGCGCAGAUACUGGCGCUGCGACGCGACAUCAUCCACGUGCUCUGCUUCCGGCCGCUGUCGUACUCGGACAUCUGCAACAAGCUGCCGGACCGGUACCAGGAGCAGGAGAACUUCCAGAAGGUGCUGGAGAGCCUGACGGUGUUCAAGGCGCCCGACGGCAAUGCGGACGUGGGCACGUUUGAGCUGGAGGCACGACACAUUGAAGAGGUCGACCCGUACAUUGCGCACUACAGCAAGAACCAGCGGGAGGAAUCGGAGACGGCGUACCGGCGGUGGAUGGCGAAGAAGACGGGCCGACCGGUAGAGUCGAUCGUGUACGAGCCACGGCUGCGGCCGAUCCGAUCAGGGGCGUUUGUGGGGCUCAGCAACUUCACGUCGACGGGCAUCUUUGCGCAGCUGGUGUACUACUCGCUGCUGUACUCGCUGACGGCCGGCCAGCUGACGCCGGCGGUGCCGAUAACGCGGGUCGAGACGUUUCUGCAGGUGCUGCUGCACCUGGUGCUGAUUGCGAUUGCGGAGGACAAGACAGGAGAAGGCGAGGGAGAGGAGGAGAAGGGGGCGUCCUUCAUCGAGCUUGCGCUCAAUAAAGUGGCGCGGAGCAACUUUAUGGCGUCGGCGCCGGCAGCCAAGACGAUUGUGGCGCUGCUGGACCUGAUGUCGACGCGGGAAGAGCUGAAGUCGUGCCAGCCCAAGAUCACGCUGAUCCUGAAGCGGAUGCGGCAGAAGCGACCACAGGGAUUUGCAGCGGCGUACGCGCGCUUGGGGGUGUCAGUGGAGCGGAUCAGCACGGCGUCGCCGGCCAACAACCAAGACGCGGAGGAGGAGCGCGAGCGGAAGAAGCGGGCGGCACUAGCACGACAGGCACGGGUGAUGGCACAGUUUCAGGAGCAGCAGAAGAGCUUUCUGGAGAAGCAGGGCGAUGUGGACUGGGGCACGGUAGACGAGGAACUGGACGAGGAACUGGACCAGACGUCGUCACAGUUGCCGACGGAAAAGAAGGCGUGGAAGUAUCCGGGCGGGACAUGCAUCUUGUGCCAGGAGAACACGGACGAGCGGCGGCUGUACGGGACGUUUGCCUUUUUCACGGACAGCAUGAUCCUGCGACAGACGGACCUGCAGGAUGCGGACUUUGUGCGGGAGGCAGCGUCGACGCCACGGAAUCUGGACCGGUCGGCCGAGAAGCUGCGGCCGUUUGGGGUGGCGGGCGAGAACCGGUCGACGGUGGUCAAGAUCAGCGCGGAGGGCAAGGCGUUCGAGACGGAGCGACAAGGCAUCGGCAAGGGCUUUCCGGCGCAGAACUGCCAUGGCGGAACGCUGUCGGUGGGCUGUGGCCACAUCAUGCACUACCACUGCUUCGAGGCGUACUUUGAGGCGACGCUGCGACGCCACCACCAGCAGAUUGCACGACACCACCCGGAGGACACGGAAAAGCUCGAGUUUGUGUGUCCGCUGUGCAAGGCGCUGGGCAACGCUUUCCUGCCGAUCGUGUGGAAGGGCAAGGAGGAAUCGUACCCGGGAGCGCUGGAGGCGACGCAGCCGUUUGGCGAUUUUCUGGACGGCCAGAUGACGGGGACGCGACAGGUGGCCGACGGGAUACUGAAGCAAUUUGCGCGGUACAUGACGACAGCGACGAUCGGAUCAGUGCAGGAACGGACGGCCAGCCUGGUGUCAGAGGCGUGGGAGCCGACGAUGCGACCAAGCAGUGCACUGUCGGCGGUUCUGCUGACGAGCCCGGUCACAGUGGCAUCACUGCUGCCGAUGCACAGCCACGGCCACGGAUUCGGACAACGGGCAGCUCUGAGUGGCGGCGGCGGCGGUGGCGGCAACAUUGUGCACGAGCUGGUGGGAGUGUAUCGACGGCUGUGCAUGACGCUGUGGACAAACGAGCUGCGGUCGCAAUUCCGGGCGGAGGGCGAGAUGCUGGAAGGCGAGCUGUGCAUGAGCGACACGCUGGCACAGGCAGUCGGCUACUCGAUCUCGGCUGUGGAGAUCCAGCAGCGCGGCACAGACGCAGAGUACGGGAUGACGCUGCUGUCGAAGAUCCCGGAGCAGCAGAUGACGCAUCUGCGGGUGCUGUGCGAGACGGUGACGUCGUACAUUGCAGUGGGAGCGCACCGACGGGCGGGCAACAACCGGGUGGAGGGCGAGUUCCGGCGCGACAGCGAGCGGCAGCACUGCCAGCUGUUUGCGGCGCAAUACGCGAACGAGGACGAGGAGACGGAGUCGACGGAUCUACGGCUGGACCGUUACGCACCGCUGCUGAGCUUGGACCCGUUUGUCUUUCUGUGCGAAUGCGUGUUCGGCGUGAUGCCGGCACAACAGCUGCAGAUGGCCCACCUGGUCCGGCUGUGCUAUCUGGCCGAGCUGGUCAAGGCGGUCUACCACAUGGGGCGCAACUUUUCGAGCGCGGCGUGGGUUCAGCUGGUGGAGGCUCAGCAGGCGGCCGAGACGACCGAGCCGAUCCGUGGCUUUGCCGAAUUCUGUCUGGGAGUCAUGCGGCUGACCGUAGGAGCCGAUGGGACGAUGCCAGCCAAUGGAACGAAUCCGGUCGAUGCACUUCGGAACCGUGCAUUCGAUCAGGACGGACUCCACACGGUCGAGGGCUACUACAACUUUACCAAACGGUACGCGCUCGUGUUUCUGCGCAAGACAGCCGUUUUGCUGCAUGCGCAAGCCGGCGUCGACUUCAACAGUCACGUGUCGCCAGCACCGGAGCUGGACGAGCUGGACCGCCUGAGCGAGGCGCUGCGGCUGCCGUCGUUUGACGACAUGUGCACGGCGCCGACAGCAGGAGGCGCGGCGCACGGUUGGCCCGCGACGACGACACGGCUGGUCGCCGGAUGGCUGCAGCACAGCGUCCGGGCACUAGAUCGAGCACCGACAUCAUCCGCGAACCCAUCGGCCUUGCUUAGUCAUCCGGCCAUCUACGAGCUCGUGGGGUUGCCACGCCACUUUGACCAGCUGUUGGACGCGUGCACGCGCUGUCGCUGUCCGACGACGGGCAAAGACGUGUCGGACCCGAUGAUCUGUCUGCUGUGCGGCACCGUCUUCUGCGGCCAGGCCAUCUGCUGUCUGAAGGAAGAGAAGGGCGGACGACGACAGGCGUGGCGGAAGAUUGGGGGGGCACAACAACACAUGAGGAAAUGCCAAGGAAAUAUCGGCCUCUUUCUCAGCAUCCGAAAGUGCUGCAUCUUUUACCUGCACCGGCUCUCGGGAUCCUACGGCUAUGCCCCGUACAUUGAUAAGUACGGUGAGGUUGACUUGGGCUUCCGACACGGCCGUCCAUUGUUGCUGAAUCAGCGCCGCUACGACCUGAUGUUGCGGGCCGUCUGGCUGAGCCACGGCAUACCCAGCUUCAUCAGCCGCAAGCUGGAGAUGGACAUCAACAACGGGGGAUGGGAGACGGUAUGA